GACAGGCCCGUGAACGACGAUGCGCGCUCCCGAUAGUAAACCUCUGACGCUUACAUCCGGGAACUACGACGAACUCGCUCUCCAACAUGGCGGCGUCAGCGGCUAAGAAGAAGAAUAAGAAGGGGAAGACCCUCACUCUGACUGACUUCUUGGCAGAAGACAGCGGAGGCAGCGGAGGUGGCAAUGCCCCCCCAAGCUACCCAGCCAAGUCCACUAGUUGGGCCGAUGAGACAGAUGACCUUGAUGGUGAUGUCUCUACUUCCUGGCACACAGAGGAGGACAGCUACCGGGCGCCACCCAUCGACCGGUCUAUCCUUCCCACAGCGCCUCGUUCAGCUCGUGAACCCAAUGUCGACCGGUCCCGACUGCCCCGUAGCCCGCCUUACACGGCCUUCCUGGGAAACCUUCCCUACGACGUCUCUGAGGAAUCGAUCAAAGACUUCUUCCGCGGCUUGGCAAUCAGUGCUGUGCGUUUGCCCAGAGAGCCCAAUAACCCUGAGAGACUGAAGGGCUUUGGUUAUGCUGAAUUUGAUGAUGUGGAUUCCCUCAUGAGGGCCCUCACUCUCAGUGAGGAGAACCUUGGAAACCGAAGGAUCCGUGUGGAUAUCGCGGACCAGUCUAAUGAUAAAGAGAGGGACGGUGGGUCUAUGGGAGGCAGAGAUCGAGGUGGACGUAUGGGGGACAUGGGUCCUGACAAAACAGACACUGACUGGAGGGCUCGGCCCAGUGGGGAUACGGAGGAUGCACCUCCCAGGAGAGAUGAUGCCUUUGGAGAGAGAUCAAGGGACCGCUAUGAGUCGGAUCGCUUCAGAGAUGGGCCAAGACGGGACAAUGAUCGCUAUGACGGAGGAAGAGACCGCUACCGUGAUCGUUACGAUGACAGGGACCGCAGAGACUACGAUAGAGGAGGUUUUGACUCUCGUGGCGGUAGUGGAGGAGGUCGCCGUGCCUUUGGCAGUGGCUUCCGUCGCGAUAAUGAUGACAUUAGGGGAAGCAACGAUCGUUAUGGCGAACGCGAAGAGCGAUUCGAGAGAAGGGAUGACCGGCGCGAGGAGAGAGGUGAGACUCCCCUGCAGAGACCCAAGUUAAACCUCAAGCCCCGUAGCGUUCCCAAGGAGGAAGAAGGUAGCGGCGGUGGUGGUGGUGGCGGCGGUGGAACGCCCCCUGCUCCCCCACCAAGCUCCGGCAGCAGGGCCUCAUCCAUCUUCGGUGCGGCCAAGCCAGUUGACACAGCAGCCAAGGAGAGGGAGGUGGAGGAGAGGCUGAAGAAAGAAGAAGAGAGGCUGCAGAGGCAGCUGGAGGAGGACAAAGGCAGAGGACCCGACAGAAAGAUGAGAGACAGGGAUCCAAGCUGGCGCAAUGAUGAAACUCCUACCGAGCGAUCUCGCACAGGAAGUGAGUCUUCACAGCCUGGAAGCACUUCUGGAAGAGCUUCCAGGUGUCGAGACAGUGAGCGCUCUGGGGACAACGAGGUUUUCAGUGGGAGAGAAGGUGAACCUUCUUCCCCUGGGACCUCCCCACAUCCUCCCUCUACCAAUUCAGCCAAGGAGCCACCAAAAGUGAUGCCCGCACCUCCUCCCAAGGAAAAUGUCUGGGCCAAGAGAAGUGCAGCCAGCACAGGCUCUAGUGAAGGCGAUGGACGACCUCCAGUCUCUCCGGUUUCCCCAAGUGGUUCAGCUCCUCCCAAACUCAGCUCCCCAAGUUCUGCAGACGAAAGAGACUCUGAGAAAGAUGAGAACAAGGCUGACGGUGUGCGUCGGGACCGGGGGCCCCCACGGGCACGAGGGGGUCCUGCAGGGCCUGGAGCAGGGCGGGGUCGAGGAGAGGGGCCCAACAGAGACCGAAGAAAGGAGGCCGACAGAAAGGAUAACAGAAGAGACCGAGACUCCAGACCACCCCCCGAGCCAAAGAAAUGUGAAGAAACCCCAACCCCCAAGUUCAGCUCAGCCAGUAAGUACGCCGCUUUGCUUAUGGACGGAGACGACGCAGACGACGUAGAAUAGAGCAAAUAACGAGGCGAGGCCCCAAAAGCGCAAGAAGAGGAGAAAACAACGAACGCAGAAAAAAGAAAUAAUCUCACUUAGCUUAUGAAAAAUACUCCUCACAUGGAAGAGGCUCCUGGGAGGACAUCACUCCCAUCCUUUCUUUUACUCCUACAAACCUGUCCUUUACUUUCAAGACACCCACCCACCCUCCCUCCUCCUCCCCCCCCCCCCUUUCCCCUGACCGACCUUCGGGACUAUUCAAGUUCUAAAGAAUAGUCACAUACUGGACUUGUUUUAAAUGGAAAAAGGUUAGCUGACACAUGGAAAAUGAUGGAUAACAUUGAAUUAAUGGUAAUAAAUAAAUGGAAAAAGUGGGGAAAAA